UUUUAAAAAAAAAAUCCACUAAGUGAUGGAAGGUUUUCGCUAUAAAGGCAAAGGUACGUUAUGAAACAGAAAUUGGAAAUUAAACCUCUGGCUUAUGACAAUUAAAUCGGAAGUGAAUUGUCGAGUUUUAAAAGCACGACCUGAUCAAUAUACGACAAUUCUAAACAAUCGAUAUUUUCAAUUGUUGGUUUUUAUUUCCAAGCUGUCUCCUUGUUGAGUGCGCCCCUAGGCUGAUAAGUCUUCUGUCUCUCACUGGAACCACUCUCAUACCGAAGUCUGAAAAGAGCAAGCAAUUUAAUUAAUCCAAGCCAGCUUUUUUGAGGAAAAAGGAAACUACCUGCCUUUAAACCCAAAAAAGGGUUUGCUGGUUAGAUAAAAUAAAGUCAGACGGAGAGAAGGAGAAAAGAAAAGAAGGAAAAGGAAAAGGACAAUGCGCACCGAACCAAACAUCAUCAUCACGGGCACGCCGGGCGUGGGCAAGACGACGCACGCGGAGGUGCUGGCGGAGCGGACGGGGAUGCGGCAUGUCUCGGUGAAUCAGGUGGUUAAGGAUAAGGAGUGCCAUGAGGGGUGGGAUGAGGAGUUUAAGAGCUGGAUCGUUGAUGAGGAUAAGUUACUCGAUGCGCUAGAAGAGGACAAUGUCAAGGCCGGCGGCUGCAUCAUAGACUGGCACGGCUGCGAGAUCUUCCCGGAGAGUUGGGUCGAUCUGGUGGUAGUGCUGCGGGUGGACUCGAGCACUCUAUAUGAUCGAUUAUCCUUAAGGAAAUACCCCGAAGCAAAACUACAAGAAAACAUAGACUCGGAGAUCAUGGAGGUGCUACUACAAGAGGCACGAGACAGCUACGACGAGCAGAUCAUCGUCGAGCUGACGAGUAACUCGACCGACGAGAUGGAGAGUAAUGUCGAUCGCAUCGAGGCGUGGAUUAAGCAGUGGAAGCAGGAUCAUGCUGCGGAUGGGGAGCAGUAAGGGAUGUAUUGAUUAGGUAGUUAAAUUGAUGAGAUACCCGUGA